CUUCACGUCUGCACGGGCAUCGAGCCGCGUUUUAUUGAUGUAUCUCUUCACUCAUGUGGAUGAAAUGUAUGGGAACGGAUGACGUCGCGCGUGCACCCCCAGUGUGUGUGUGUGUGUGGGCGCGUGGAGCGAAGUGUCCGCGUGCGAGCUGAAUCCAGUCUGCAGCUGGAGGAAGGAUAACGUCGGUGGCUGGGAAAUACAACUUCAGACACUGCUGGAAAACGUUAGUAAUACCCGGGGAGGAGAGUUGUAAGUGGUCGUUUGUUCGCAGUGAGCUGGGAGGUGAGUUAAGACAGCUCCUCCACGCCGAAGCCUCCCCCCGAAAAAAGCCUCCCUUCCUGGAUGUGAAGCCAAUUAGGCAGCGACGGUUUCAACACCAGGACACCUGUGAGCCCACUGGACCUCCAUUUCUGAAACCCUCGGCGACCUCCAGCAAUGAUGUAGACUUGACAUCCACACGAUGAUGAUGCUCGCAGGGAGGAGGAGCAGCGACUGACUCUCUCCUCCUUUUCGCCACACCUGGCGCUCUGUGUCCGUCCUGAUUGGGUGGCCGGAGUGCUAUGUCAUCAACCACACCUUCUGCGGCCCUACCCUUUAAGAAGGGAAGGAAGCCGGAGAAAUCAGAGGUGAUGGCUGACUCGGUGCAGGCCACCAACGAGGAGCUGAGGAGCAAACUCAUGGACAUCCAGAUUGAGCUGCAGCAGGAGCGGGGCAAGGCAUGUAAGCUCCGUGAGCGGCUCCAGGAGCAGCGGCAGGCUCGGGAGCUUGAGCAGCACAAACACGCUGUAGCGAUCACCGACCUGCGUGCCAAACUUCACGAAGAAAAGUUACGCGAGACAGCGGCCGUCCGUGAGGGCCUGGCGCGGCAGCAUGAAGUUGAGCUGGCCCGGGCCAUCAAGAUCCGGGACGCUGAGGUGCAGAGGCUCCAGGGGCUUGUAAACGCGCUGAGGGAUGGAGCUGCUGACAAGCUAAAAAAUGCUCUUCUUGGAGAGGCUCGGGAGGAGGCCAGGAGAGCUUUUGAUGGGGAGAGGCUAAAGCUACAGCAGGAGAUCCAGGAGCAGAAGACAGCCAGGAAGCAGGCUGAGGAAGCACUUGGGAAUGCUCUGCAGGCUGAUAAAGCCAAAGCAGCAGAUCUCCGCACAGCUUACCAACAGCACCAGGAUGAGGUGCACCGCAUCAAACGGGACUGUGAGAGAGACAUCCGCAGACUGAUGGAUGAGUUGAAGGCGAAGGACCGGGUGGUGUGUGCCCUGGAGAGGGAGCUGGGGCUGCAGGCCGGCUACACCCAGAAGCUUCAGCUUCAGAAGGAAGCCCUGGAUGAGCAGCUGGGCCAUGUACGAGAGGCAGAGAGACACAACCACGGCAGCCCCAAGAGAGAAGUGGUGCCUGGGCUGGGGGACAACCAAGACCUGCUCAACAACCAGGAGGUCGAGGAGCGUGACUUGAGGAGGUUCCAGCUGAAGAUUGCGGAGCUCCAUUCGGUCAUCAGGAAACUGGAGGACAGAAAUGCACUGCUGGCCGAUGAGAGAAAUGAACUAUUGAAGCGGGUGCGAGAGGCAGAGAGCCAGAUGAAGCCCCUGUUUGAAAAGAACAAGCGGCUGUCCAAGAAGAAUGAUGACCUCCUGCAAACGCUGCAGCGCAUGGAGGAGAAACUGAAGAACCUGAGCCGAGAGAACGCUGAGAUGAAGGAAAAAGCCUCCUCCUCUCGGCCCCCCUCACAGCAACAAUCCAUUCAGCCACCGCUGAGGCGGCCAAGCUCCCUGACAGACCUGAGCCACGCCCACGAGGAACAGGAAGUGGAGUUCCUCAAGCUGCAGGUUUCUGAGCAACGUGGCAUCAUUGAUGAGCUCACGCAGGAACGUGACCGAUUGGUGAUGAGCAAAAAGACCAGGAGGAAACCUCUCAAACUGUCUAAAAGGCAUGUUGUGGAGACAUAUUUUGGAUUUGAUGAGGAGUCGAUAGACUCUGAGACCUCUUCACUGACCUCCUUUAACACUGACCUCACUGACCGCACGCCUGCAACUCCAGAGGAGGAUUUGGAAGACAGUGUUUCCCGUGAAGAAUCAGAGCUUCGUUUUCGUCAGUUGACCAGAGAGUACCAGGCUCUCCAGCGGGCCUACGCCCUUCUUCAAGAGCAGACAGGGGGCUCUCUGGAUGCUGAGAGGGAAGCCAGGACACGUGAGCAGCUGCAGAUGGAGCUCAGCAGCUGCCAAGCCAAGAUCGUCGACCUGGAGAAGGCCCUGGCCGAGAGGGGGCAGGAUUCAAAGUGGGUGGAGGAGAAGCAGUACUUGCUCAGGACCAACCAAGAACUUCAUGAGAAGAUGUGUGCAUUGCAGCAGGCGGAGUCGCGGCUGCAGGCCGAGGUUCAGGACGCUCGGGAUCAGAAUGAGCUGCUGGAAUUCAGGGUGCUGGAACUGGAAGUAAGAGACUGCACCAACGUCAAACUGUCACCAGGAGGCGACAACAACAAUCUCAGUUCCAGACGCAAGACCUACAUACAGUGACUCACCAGACAGACAGAUAGACAGGCAUACAUACACAUGUUCAUUUAUACACACACUUGAGUCCUCCUCUGUAUGCCUCUGUGUCUGCAUGGCAGCUGUGUGCAUAACCCCUCCUCUUAACUGGAAUAUUUUUUUAAUGAAAGAAUGUUGUGUUAAGAUGAAUAUAAUUUUUAAUUAAAU